AUGAGUGCUACGAAAAGACUACUUAGUAAAAGUGUAGGCUCCGAGCCUUUAAACGGUGACAGUGUCUUGCAUAAACAUGCAAGAGCAAAUAGUGCAACGGGGAUCGGCGAGAACGCAGACAAGUGCGACGUCAACAUCAAAAACAAUAGACGGGAGACGCCGUUGAUCACAGCCGCACUACACUCCGCCUGCCGUGUCGUCGCAAAACUGGUCCAGCUGGGCGCCGAGGUAAACGAACGGGAUAUCCAAGGUAAUACAGCCCUACACUAUGCUAUUUUGAACGCGUCAGAGAAGACGGUAGUAAUCCUCUCCAUGUCGGGAGCGGACGUUACUAUCCAGAACUCUGACGGUCAAACGGCAAUUCAUUUGUUAGCGUUUUCAAGCGACAGUAAUCUAGCUAAGCACGUUUGCCACACAAGAAAUUCCAUUGCAAUGGACAUGAAGGACCAUGACGGACUUACCCCGUUUAUGGCCGCCGUCAUGAGAGGCAAUUUAAAAAUAAUACAAUAUUUUCUUUCUCUGGGCCAGGGCCCGGAAGAGCGUACAAAUGAGAACAAGAACCCUUUACAUCUAGCUGUAGAACUAAAAAACAUAAACGUAAUUAAACUCUUGGCCAAAUUACCCCACAUCAAUCUCGUAGACGACAGUGGCCACAGCGCGUUAGCACUAGCCAUCAGCCAGGGAAACGAAAUCGCAGUAGACAUCCUCCUGCUACAAGAGGCAGACGUAAAACAGAUAGAUAAUUCGGGUAAUUCAAUGUUACACAUUGCAUGUGCUGGGCCGUCGAUCCACAUUGCACGGCAUAUGUUGGAGCAUUUCACCGAUUUAGACGCGAAAAACCUGGCGGGGGAAACCCCAUUGCACCUUGCAUGCGCGUCAGGUAAUACAGCAAUAGCUCUUGAUAUUUGUACUAGGGGAGCCAGGGUAACGGCCCAAGAUAACAAACAGCGGACGCCGUUGAUGACUGCCAUCGUGUCAGGGAAUCAAGGGUCCGCGUUAACAAUUUUAAAAUGGGAAUUUGUAGUAAACACGGACUUGCUAGAGUUGACAGACGACAACAAUAUGAAUGCGUUACAGUAUUGCAUACUGUUUAACGACCAAAGUACGGCAGCGAGAAUAAGAACAAUAGAGUUAGCUUUAUUGAGCAACCGUCAAGUUACCCCGCCGACUAGGACAAUUUAUUUCAGGCCGGGAGAAGAAGAAAUUGCGAUAGAAUAUGAAACGGUUGAUCCAUUAGAAACACCCGGCCUAACCCUUUAUCUUAACGCAGGUGACACCUCGCCACCAAGUUACAUAACCACUGACCCCCUAGAGACCAGUGAAGACGAAUAG